UGUGGCAGCUGUUCCCGGUAUGGGAGUGCUGCUGCUACACACGAGAUAUCUGCACAAGUUCCAUCAUAGUGGUGGUUGGAUCAAAGCUUUGCUUGAAGAAGCGAAGAAUGAGAGGAUACACCUGAUGACCAUGGUGGAGCUUGUGAAGCCCAAUGGUACAACAGGCUACUGGUUCUGACUCUGCAGGAAAUCUUUUUAUUUUUUUUUCCUAGUUGGUGGUACUCACACACCCCCACUCCAAGGAAUUGUUUGCACCUAGCAGGAAUCGAUCAUGAGACCUGAUGUUGUGCAAGGAAUCUUUUUCAAUGCCUACUUUGUGCUUUAUCACCUUUCUCUCAAACUGGCACAUAGAAUUGUUGGAUAUUUGGAGGAGGAGGCUAUUCAUUCAUAUUCAAAGUAUCUUAUGCAAAUUGAAAGCGGUGCAAUUGAAAAUAUUCCGGGUCUUGUUAUUGAUGUAGACUAUUGGAGAUUGCCAAAAGAUGCAACCCUGAAAGAUGUUGUGACUGUCAUUCGUGCUAAUGAAGCUCGCCAUCGAGAUGUCAACCAUUUUGUUUCUUAUCCGAGUAUUUGCUACUGUAUUAGCUAAGACGAUCUAUAUUUUGGGAGCAAACACUAUAUAUUUUGGUCAGCCAUUUUUCAUUUUAAAAAAAAAAUUAUUUUGGUAGUUGCCUUUACGAAUAUGAUGGUGAUCUUGCUGUUGCAGGAUAUUCAUUUUCAAGGGAAGGAAUUAAGGGAGUCACCAGCUCCUCUUGGUUACCAUUAGCACGAUUUUGCAUCUCACUGUCGUGUUUCUUGUUAUUAGAAAUUGGAUGAAGUAUUGGUGUAAUUUAUAUAUGUGCUUUGGGUUAUAAGUUGUUUUUGGUUGAUCCUUUAAGAAGGGCUGUUUUAUUGUCAUUGCCUGUAUUGGAUCUUCCAUUUAUUUCACCUGUCACAUGGGGGUUUAUUCUGUCGUCAAAAUUUCCCCAACGCAAAUCUCCUGAUGAGUAAUGGUUGGGGAAUUGCUUCGUUUUGAUUUUUCAGGGUGGUUUGUAAGAUGUAUUUGAAUAAUUCAAAUCCUUACACAAGCUGAAAAGCCUGAAAUUGUAUAAUGUUAUUGUCAGUUGAGUUGGCCGUUCAGAUAUAUUAGUAUAAAUAUUGCAUUACAUGGCACCACUUCGUUCCCUAGCCAGUUGGCAUCAAUGUUUAAAUUCUACCUAACUAGGAGAGGUCGUGGGAUCGAAUAGUGGUAUCUUGCACAUGCAAGGGGGUCAUGGCCGAAUAAUUUAAGAGGUAUUUCAAAAUACCUUAACUUUUAUUCUAUUUGCAGGUAUGUGAUUUUUUUUCUUUUAAUUUUUUCUUUGUUUUCAUCUUAAUUAAUUAAUUAGUUUUAUUUUCUAUGUAUAUCUUAGUUUCCAGAAAAAUAAGAAACAACUAUCAAAA